AUGAAUUCUACAGAAAAAUUUCCACAGAUAAAAGCAUGCCUUUUGAUUGACAGUGAACAGCUUUAUACAGAAAUUACAAAUGAAUUGCUAGCUCGCUACAACAAACCAAGUCUUUCUAUUGAAACAAAAAUAAAGAUGAUGGGUAUUCCUGGUCUCGAAGCAACAAAAAUCCUUAUUGAAUGGUCUGGUAUAGAAGUGUCUGCAGAACAGCUUUACAUGGAAGCUAGCGAUCUUCAGAAAAUAAAAUUCCCAGGUGUUAAAGAAAUGCCAGGAUGUCAGAAACUACUAAAUUAUCUUAAAAAUAAAAAAAUCACUGUUGCUCUUGCCACAUCAUCUAGCAUCCGUAGCUUCAAAUUAAAAACAGAUCAUUUAGGACAUAUCUUUUCUCACUUCAAUGGACGAAUCAUACGUGGUGAUGAUCCUAGAAUUCCUGAAGGGCGCGGGAAGCCUGCACCAGAUAUAUAUAUACUCUCAUUAAAAGUUAUCAAUGAAGAACGUAAAUCAAAAAACUUAGACCCUUUGACUCCCCAAGAAUGCCUUGUUUUUGGUAGUUCUAGUAUGAAAAGCUCAAUACAAGUUUCUAAUUUAUUUUUAGAAGAUAGUAUUGCAGGAGUAAAAGCAGGACGAUCUGCAGGCAUGAGAGUUGUUUGGGUCCCAGAACCUGUAGUAUUAGAAUAUUAUAAAGAAGAAAAAAACGAUAUCAUUGGUCCCAACAAUGAAAUUCUUUUUAGUCUUGAAGAUUUUGAACCUAGAAGAUAUGGACUCUAA